UCGGUAUUUAAGUAGACCCUCCGCUUUAUAUUUUCCGUUUUUUGCUGCCUGGUCCCAUCUGGCUGAUUUUUCAGCUCAAGGAUGGCACAAAUCCCUGAUCAUAAAAAAGAUAAAGAGGCCCCUGAGGACCCAAUGGUUAAUUUGAACAGCUAUCUGCACGGUGGGACCUCCAGCUUGCUGUCCACCCUCAUCGUCUUCCCUGUCUACAAAACUGUUUUCCGUCAACAAAUCCACAACACCGCCGUCCACCAGGCAGUGGGACAGCUCUACAAAGAGGGACCUGUGAAGCUCUACAGGGGCGUGGCCCCACCAUUACUGAUGAGGACACUGAAUGGCACGCUGCUCUUUGGCCUCCAGGACACCCUCCUCCACCAUCUCUCCCUGUCAUCCCAAAAUGUCAUCUCCACUGCUGCCCUGCCUGCUCUGGCUGGGUUCGGCGCAGGCAUGGUAGAAGCUGUGGUUCUGACCCCGUUUGAGCGCGUCCAGAACGUGCUGCAAAACGGUCAAAACGACAGCCGUCUGCCCACCCUGAGGAGUGUUCUCACCAGGCUGAAGACACAGAGGCUGGCGUUAGGCUACUACAGAGCCUUCCUGCCCAUCGCUGGCCGCAACUCUCUCGGCAGCUCCCUCUACUUUGGCCUGAAGGGGCCCAUGUGUGCUGUCGUGGCAGGACAGGGGCUCUCUCCAAUGGUCUCCUCCUUCAUCUCAGGGACGGUGACCUCCAUGGCAAUAAGCUUGGCUCUAUACCCGCUGUCUGUGCUUGUGGCAAACAUGCAGGCACAGGUGGGAGGGGAGGUGAAAGGGGUCGUGGCUUGCUGGAGGAUGCUAUGGAGGUCUCGCCAGCGGAGCGUGGCUCUGCUGUACCGAGGAGGUUCUCUGGUUAUUUUGAGGUCAUGCAUUACUUGGGGAAUCACCACUGCCAUCUAUGACAGACAGCAGAAACCUUCAGGCUGAAGAGACAUGGUUAAAAAUAGCUGGUUUUAUUAUUUUACAUAGAUUUAAAAUAGCAUUUCUUUAUGUUUUUGCCCCUUGUAUUGUAUUUCUUAUUGCUCUUUCAGUACACUUUCCUCAAGUGUUCACCGCUCCAUGCAGGUACGCUCACCAUUAGGCCUUUUUCACAGCAGACAAACUGUCACUGAAGGAUAAGCACAGGUGUUACAAACAGCAGUAACGAUGCCUCUGUCCUGUUGAAGCGUCCCAGUGAACCAUGACAGUGUAACAGUGAGCCAGCACGCACAAUACCAGGAAAAUGAAACCGAAGCAACUAAAUGGAAUUCAGCCAUGGCUCAUUUUAUUAUUCACACCAGUGCUUUUCCUUUUUUUCAACUAACACUGCCAAGGUUGUGUGUGAGAAUGCACAAGCAAGGUGAAAGCAUCGCUGCCGGGAGUCUGAUCUCUGAGGUGGUGGCCACAUAUUUAUUAUGUACCAAAGUUUGUGCACUAGCGACAUAAAUAUGGUGCUCAUGAAUCAUAGGUGCCUUGUAUUUUGAUUGUCCUAAAGGGAACUUCACCAGUUUUACUCCACAAAAUCUGUUUACUCAUCCUGUGAAAUUAGUUGUAUCAUGUUCUGAGGGGUCUUUGCUUUUUUCAAGUAAUUGGUUCAGUUUUUCCUUCAUUAAUGUGGUAGAAAGAAGAAAUGACAGGUGAUGAUGGGGCAGCAAAUGUGCAAAACAUGCAGCUGGGCUAGAACCAGGGAGGUUGUGUAACAUGAUGAACAACUCGGCCACCAGGAUGUCCAUGGAGCUUUCUAAACUGAUGAUAUAACAAAAAACCUGCAUUUCAAAUUGGGGGCAAGCAGGCAAGCAGGGUGUAAAAAAAAAAAAAUUGGUUUCAGCCAUGCUUUUUAGGACUGGACCCAUAUGAGGGCGCUAAAGGUCGGGAUAUCUGAGCCUCUGCUACCUCAAUUUUGUCUCUUCAUGUCUUCAAGUGCAAUACUAUCACUGACGAUCCAAAUUUAAGUGCAUAAAGAAGAUGGAUGCAAAUUCAAGGUGUAUUGUCAAUAUAUUAUUUCAUUUUCUGUAUAAAGGAGAUAUUACUUAUGAAUAUCUGGGCUGGAACAAAUGAAUGUCCUGGAUGAGAAUGUACAUGGAGAUUGCACGUUUUCUCCAUGUCUGCAUGCAGGUUACGUUAAUAUAGCGCUGUAAUAUGCUGUAAACCCACCCACGGUUGUACAAGUGUGUGACAGGCUCCAGCCCCCUGCGAUCAGAGUGAGCCCAUGGAUUGAAUAAAUCAG